UGUGCAGACAGGCGCCGGAUGUUAGCUAUUACUGAGCUGGCCCUGUUUAUGUCCCAUAGUGCCAUGUUUCCAUCCCAAAACCCCAAUCCUAAUCCCAGUCCCAGCCCGAGUCCCAGAGAUGAAGAAAAGUGCAAGCUGGAAAAGAGUGUAGAUACCAAACUGGAAUCGUGUGUGUGUUUGAAUAUUUCACCCAAUGCGAUUCCCCAGAACGAUAAGAUUAGAUUAUGGCCCACCCACAGGUCCAAAUCGGGAGAGAAAUAGGUAAAUUGGCCAACUAUCAUUGAUUCCGGGCGAUCAAACACCGCGUAGCUGCCACCAAAAUGCGACGUCCGCUAUCGCCGACUCUGGCCAAGUUGGCCGAAAAGGAGGUCAACGAGACGCCCGACCGCAUCCAGCAGGACAUCAUCAUCCUGCGCGUCUGGAUACGCCAGCAGCCGCAUCUGCGCGCCCGCACGGAUGUCGACUUCCUGAUUUCCUUCCUGCGAAGGUGUCGAUAUAGUCUGGAGGAGACCAAGCGUCGGAUAGAUAGGUAUUUCACGCACUACAACCUCUUUCCGGAGAUAAUGAACAACCGAUGUGUGACGCAACGAUUGCUGGACAUCAAUCGCUUGGGAGUCUGCCUAUAUCCUGACAUGCCCAAGGGCGACAGUCGCACGGCCAUGUUUAUCGCCCGUUUCGGCCAUUUCGACCCCAAUCUGUACAUGCUGCGCGAGAUCUACCACUUCUCCUCAAUGGCCAUGGAGGUGAUUUCCCUGGAAAACGACUAUGCCUCCUUGGCGGGAAUUUGUGAGAUUAUCGACCUGGAGGGAGUUAAUUCGGACAAGAUGCGCCGUUUCGAUCGUGUGCUCUUCCGCAAGUGGUGGAACUGGCUCUACGCCUGCAGUCCCCUAAAGGUCAAGGAAAUGUAUAUUAUCAAUAUGCCCAAGGAUAUACAGGGUACCAUCAUGUUUCUAUACAAUUUGCUGAGCAUGCAAGUCGAUCAUCCGAUAAGAGUCCUUAAGAACACCGAGGAGUUGAUAGAGCACAUUGGAAAGGACUCACUGCCGGAGGAGUAUGGUGGCACCAAUGGCCACAUCGGUGAGUGCAUCGCCUACAUGGAGGACCUGUUGAACAGCUAUAGAGGAUACUUCGAGCAGGACUGUAACUAUGGGACGAUUGAGGAACUCCGCCAGGGAGAGAUAGCCAUCUACGAGGCGGAGUUCGGUGCCAGCGGAUCCUUCCGCAGGCUCAACUGGGACUAAACCCGGAAGUAAAUGCAAAUAUGAUACACUCUGUUGCCCCAUUUGUUUUUAUAUCCCCACAUAAACAUUCCAAGCACUGCUGUAAAGUCGAUCAAUUAAAGAUAACGCUCGCGUA